AGGGCGGUGACGGCGGCAGCGUGCGUCCCGAAACGCGUGGGGCUGCUGUCUUGGAGACAGGGACCUGGCCAACGGAGCAGGGUCCUAGGGCCGGAGGCAUAUCAAGCAGCUCCCGGGGUACAGGCGUGCGAGGGAGCCCACCGCCGGGCCCAGCAUGCUGAAGGUUGGGAGGCUGUGGUGCCUGAGCUCCGGCGGCACGCCGGCGGCCCUACGGCUGCUGCGAGAGAACCGAGGCUGCGGCGGCCUCCGCGGGGCUCGCCGGGUCAGCACCAGCUGGUCUCCGGUCGGAGCCGCCUUCAAUGUCAAAGCACAGCCCGCGCGGAAGGAGCUUUUCGGCGAGCGCCGGGGUCUGUUUGGCGUCCCAGAGCUAAAUUCUCCUGAAGGAUUUCAUGUUGCACAAGAAAAAGCCCUAAGACAAACUGAGUCCCUAGUAGAGAGUGCAUGUACUACACCACCUGGACCACAAACUGUGUGUAUCUUUGAUCAGCUGUCAGAUGCCUUGUGCAAAGUAGCAGAUUUGGCUGAUUUUGUGAAAAUUGCUCAUCCUGACCCUGAAUACAGAGAGGCAGCAGAAGAAGCCUGCAGAAACAUUGGUACCAUGGUAGAAAAGUUAAACACGAAUGUGGAAUUAUAUCAAAGUUUGCAAAAAUUAUUAUCAGAUGAAAAACUUGUGGCUUCUCUUGAUCCUGAAACCAGGAAAGUGGCAGAAUUAUUUAUGUUUGAUUUCGAGAUAAGUGGAAUCCAUUUGGAUGAUGAAAAGCGUAAAAGAGCAGUGGACCUUAAUGUUAAGAUCUUGGAUUUGAGCAGUGCUUUUCUUAUGCAAUCCCACUUUCCCAACAAAAUUGACAAGCACCUCUUACCUGAGCAUAUUCUCUAUAACUUUGUACAUGAUGGAGAUCAUGUACUCAUCAGUGGUUUACAUGCAGAGUCUUCAGAUGAUUUGGUACGAGAGGUGGCUUACAAGAUUUUUCUUUACCCCAAUUCUGACCAGCUAAACUGUUUAGAAGAAUUACUUAGCAGUAGAGAUCUUCUGGCAAAAUUAGUAGGCUAUUCCACGUUUGCCCAUAGAGCUCUCCAAGGAACAAUAGCUAAAAGCCCAGAGAUUGUAACAGAGUUCCUUGAGAAAUUAUCUGAGAAGCUUUCUGAAAGAACUAUAAAUGAUUUUGAGAUGAUGAAAAACAUGAAAAAGAAACUAAAUCCUCAAAAUUCGACAUUGAUGCCUUGGGAUCAUCCUUAUUACAGUGGUGCCAUUCGUGCAGAGAGGUAUAAUAUUGAACCCAGUUUAUAUUGCCCGUUUUUCUCACUUGGUGCAUGUAUGGAAGGCCUGAACUUACUAUUCCGUCAGCUCUUAGGGAUCUCUCUCUAUGUGGAAGCAGCCAGAAAAGGAGAGGUGUGUGUGAAGAUGUUCGAAACUGUUGGAUUGGCAGCAGUGGCUGUAGCGCCUUCAGCUGUCUUCGCCUUGCCAUGUUCUCUCUGGCCUGAUUGCUGUUCUAUCCUUGCUGUGGUUCAUGAAACUGAGGGACUUUUGGGAUACAUCUAUUGUGACUUCUUUCAGCGAGCAGACAAACCACAUCAGGACUGUCACUUUACAAUCCGUGGGGGAAGAUUAAAGGAAAAUGGAGAAUAUCAGCUUCCUGUAGUAGUUCUUAUGCUGAAUCUUCCUCAUUCAACAAAAAAUGCACCACCUUUAUUAACUCCUGGAAUGCUGGAGAAUCUUUUUCAUGAAAUGGGACAUGCCAUGCAUUCUAUGCUGGGACGUACUCGUUAUCAACAUGUCACAGGGACAAGGUGCCCCACUGAUUUUGCUGAAGUUCCUUCUAUUCUGAUGGAAUACUUUGCAAGUGAUUAUCGAGUGGUUAACCAGUUUGCAAAACAUUAUCAGACGGGCCAGGCACUGCCAAAAAAUAUGGUGUCUCGACUCUGUGAAUCCAAAAAGAUCUGUGCUGCAGCUGAUAUGCAACUUCAGGUCUUCUAUGCAACUUUGGAUCAAAUCUACCAUGGAAAGCAUCCCUUAAAAAGGUCAACCACAGACAUUUUAAAGGAAACACAGGAGAAAUUUUAUGGGCUCCCAUAUGUACCAAACACUGCUUGGCAAUUGAGAUUCAGUCACCUUGUAGGAUAUGGUGCCAAGUACUACUCCUACCUCAUGUCAAGGGCUGUAGCCUCCAUGGUUUGGAAAGAGUGUUUUAUGCCGGACCCAUUUAGCAGGGCUAUGGGGGAGCGCUAUCGCAGGGAGAUGCUGGCACAUGGUGGUGGCAAAGAGCCCAUGCUCAUGGUUCAAGGUAUGCUUCAGAAGUGUCCCUCCAUUGAAGAUUUUGUUGGUGCUCUUGUUUCAGACUUGGAUAUGGACUUUGAAACAUAUUUUAUGGACUCUUGAACAAUGUGGAAAUGCCCAAUUUACUUUCAUACAAAAUCAUGUGCUUUAAUGACUACAUUGGAGAUGGCAUAGCUGUAAGAACUUGUUUCUUAUUUUCAGUGUUCACUUAUAUUGCAUAACAACUUCUGUAAACCCUUGCUAGAACUUGGAAUAAAUAAUUUGUCCUAUAAUGAAUAAUGACACUGGCUUUCAUCUUAAUUAGAAAAUUUCACAGACAUACAGAAAUAUUAGUUUGUUUGAAGCCACUACUACAUUAUAAGAAUAAAUACAAAUAAUCUUUAAGCAUGCAGCUGUUAAAUUUAAGAUGUGGGCAUUUCCUUAGGCAUAUGUCUUUAGUACAAUAGUGCUGUCCCAUUGAUCUUUAAUUGUUUAAAUUGGUGAGCUUAAUUAAUAACAAAACUUUUUAAAUAGUGACUUAGACACAAUUUAGUUCUCUGGAAGGAUUACACAUGCAAUUUUCAUAAAAGUUGACUAAUCCAUUGCACCAUACAUCUAAGAAGCACUCUUGAAAGUUCAUUAAUCACACAGCAACAAAGAAAAUGAGUUGUGGUUUUAAAAUCAAAUGGAAUGCUUUUUUUUUUUUGGUAAUUUGGGUACAUUAACUUAAGAUUUGUAUUUUCAAAUAUGUUAAAGAAUGAACCAAGUCAGGAGGGUAACUUUAAUACAUAAUUUCCUGUUGUUUAUGUUAAUAAUUAUCUUUUAAUUAUUGGUUCUCUUGGCUUUGAGAGGGCUCUGUAAAUGAGCAGAUGUUCAAAGAAUAGAGUGUAGAAUAUGACUUCAAUUUAUUGUUUUAAAGUUGUAAAGUAGUUUAUGCUGAAAUUCAAAAUUAAAGUACAUUCUUGACAACUCAGAAGCUCACAGAAAGAU